AUGGCGGGCGGAGGAAGUGCGAACCGGCCGCCUUGGAAGGAGCCAGCGGCGCCGCGACCCACCAUCAGUCUCCCUCCAAGGGCUGCUUCCAUGGAGACCCUUUUCAAUGGCGGCUUCAGCCCUGGUCCCAUGACUCUUCUCUCUGGCUUUUUGAAUGAUGGGGAUGACUGCAACAAGUCCUUCUCUCAGCUCCUCGCCGGAGCCAUGGCUUCUCCGGUGGCCGGCGCUGCCGCCGUUCACGACUCACCUGGCCCCUUUUCACCUUCUCGGAAGCAUUUGAUUAGAUUCAUGGAAUAUAUUCCCAUGAAUGUAGCGUUAUUGAAUGUUAAUACAGAUAAAUAUAAGUUGGAAACUAUAACAUAUACCAUGCUUGAUAUCGUUACUUCUAGUACUGAAUUAAAACAAAAUGAUAGUAAAUUAGUGGAUAUGUCUGAAUUAUUUUCUGGACAUGUUCGAACAUGUCAAUCACAUCUUAGGCCAAUUUUCCACCCAUCUAUUAAAGAGUCUCUAAGUUCCCAACGUGAUGUGUCUUUUGGAAUGACACACCAGCAGGCCCUAGCACAAGUCUCAUCUCAGGCUUCACAAACUAAUUCAAACAUGCAUCUCCAGACUGAAUAUUCAUUAUCAACACCAACCUCAUUUACACAGGUUCCUGGGUCUACUUCAAAUACUGCACAACAGCUGAUUCCACCUUUAACUGUAGACUCUUGGGCCACAAUGACCGAAUCCGCUGAUCAUUCUCACUCUGAACAAAAAUUGCAAUCUUCAUCAUUGAAUGUGGAUAAGCCUGCAGAUGAUGGUUACAACUGGAGGAAGUAUGGACAGAAACAGGUGAAGGGUAGUGAAUUUCCUCGAAGUUAUUACAAAUGCACGCAUACACACUGUCCUGUAAAGAAAAAGGUUGAGCGCUCACUUGAGGGUCAUGUAACCGCAAUUAUUUAUAAAGGAGAACACAACCAUCAACGUCCUCAUUCUAAGCGCAUGAAAGACACUAUGACUUCAAAUGAAAUUUCAAAUAUGCAAGGGAAUGUUUCAGCUGGGACCACUAAGAUGGAUCCAGAGUCAAGUCAAGCAACAGCUGAUCAUCUAUCAGGAAGUGACAGUGAGGAAGUAGGUGAUCAUGAAGCUGAAGUGGAUGAGAAAAAUGUUGAGCCUGACCCCAAGAGGAGUAAAACAGAAGUCUCGAAUUCAGAUCCAGCAUCUUCACAUAAGACCGUUACUGAGCCUAGAAUCAUAGUCCAAACAACAAGUGAAGUUGAUCUUUUAGAUGAUGGUUACAGAUGGCGAAAAUAUGGGCAAAAAGUUGUCAAAGGCAACCCUUAUCCUAGGAGUUAUUACAAAUGUACAACGCCGGGUUGUAAUGUUCGAAAGCACGUGGAGAGGGCUUCAACAGAUCCUAAAGCUGUCAUAACAACAUAUGAAGGAAAACACAAUCAUGAUGUUCCAGCAGCUAAGACCAACAGCCACACUAUGGCCAGCAACACUGCAUCACAUAUAAAAUCGCAGAAUUCCAAUCCUGGGAGGCAUAGUUUUGGCAACAGAGAUAUUAGUGGCAAUGAUCAACAGCCGGUUGCACGGCUACGGUUGAAGGAAGAGCAGAUAACCUAG